GCCACCGCCGGGUACCGCUGCCCAACACCGGCCCGCCGGGGCCCAGGUCAGGGUCACCGCCAGGGCACGUUUGGCGCCAGUUCCUGAGGUUCUCUAAUGAUCUUGUUUCACCAUGGCAACCAAUGUGGAGGUGCUGGCUCAGCAGGUAGUGGAGACUCAGCGGGUGGCUGAGGUGCAGACUGUUCAGACUCCACUAUCUGAAUCUCCAGUGAUGACCAGUCCUUCCCAGCGUAUCCAGAUAAUUUCCACAGACUCCUCUGUAACUUCACCACAACGCAUUCAGAUUGUGACAGAUCAGCAAACAGGUCAAAAAAUCCAAAUAGUGACAGCAGUGGACUCGGCUGUGUCUCCAAAGCAGCAGUUUAUUUUAGCCAGUCCAGAUGGAACUGGUGCAGGAAAGGUGAUACUGGCAACACCUGAGACAUCUAAUGCCAAACAGCUUAUCUUUACCACCACAGACAACAUCGUGCCAGGCAGAAUUCAGAUAGUGACAGACUCUGCUUCAGUGGAACGUUUGCUGGGAAAAGCUGAUGUUCAGCGGCCCCAGGUAGUAGAAUAUUGUGUAGUUUGUGGCGAUAAAGCAUCAGAGUAUUUAAACUCUGCUUGGAAGAAUAUUAGUUUGUACUUCAACUGGACUAUGAUAAAUUGGCAUGUUCUGAAAGACAGUGAUGAUUUAAUAGAUCUUGGUCGUCACUAUGGUGCUGUCAGUUGUGAGGGAUGCAAAGGUUUCUUUAAAAGGAGUGUGAGGAAGAAUUUGACCUACAGUUGUCGUAGCAACCAGGACUGUAUCAUCAAUAAACACCAUCGGAAUCGCUGCCAGUUUUGUAGGCUUAGGAAGUGUCUAGAGAUGGGCAUGAAAAUGGAAUCGGUUCAAAGUGAAAGAAAGCCUUUUGAUGUGCAGCGUGAAAAACCAACCAACUGCGCAGCGUCCACUGAGAAAAUCUAUAUCAGGAAAGAUCUUCGAAGCCCUCUAAUAGCAACUCCAACAUUUGUGGCAGAUAAAGAUGGGACACGGUCAUCAGGUCUUCUUGAUCCAGGAAUGCUUGUGAAUAUUCAGCAGCCUUUGAUCAGGGAUGAUGGUACAGUCCUCCUAGCUGCUGACUCCAAGGGUGAAACAAGCCAGGGUGCUUUAGGAACAUUAGCAAAUGUUGUAACAUCUCUUGCUAAUCUCAGUGAGUCACUAAAUAAUGGAGAUACUUCUGAAGUUCAACAAGAAGAGCAAUCUGCAAGUGAGAUUACACGGGCAUUUGACACUUUGGCUAAAGCACUUAAUACCACAGAUGGUACAGCAGCUCAUAACUUGGCAGAUGGGAUGGAUCCUACAGGAGGAGGGAAUAUUCAUGUAAUCAGUAGAGAUCAGUCAACACCAAUUAUUGAAGUAGAAGGACCUCUACUUACAGAUACACAUGUCACGUUUAAGCUGACAAUGCCCAGUCCAAUGCCGGAGUACCUUAAUGUACACUACAUCUGUGAGUCAGCAUCACGACUACUUUUCCUCUCUAUGCACUGGGCUAGGUCCAUACCUGCAUUUCAAGCUCUUGGGCAGGACUGCAAUACAAGUCUCGUACGCGCCUGCUGGAAUGAGCUGUUUACCUUAGGCCUGGCACAGUGUGCACAGGUGAUGAGUCUGUCUACCAUCCUGGCAGCUAUUGUCAACCAUCUCCAGAACAGCAUACAGGAAGAUAAACUUUCUGGAGACAGAAUAAAACAAGUCAUGGAACACAUCUGGAAACUUCAGGAGUUCUGUAACAGCAUGGCCAAGCUUGAUAUUGAUGGAUAUGAAUAUGCAUACCUUAAAGCUAUAGUCCUCUUUAGCCCUGAUCACCCUGGUCUGACCAGUUCAACCCAAAUAGAAAAAUUCCAGGAGAAGGCACAGAUGGAAUUACAGGACUAUGUACAAAAAACCUAUCCAGAAGAUACUUAUAGGCUAGCCCGGAUUCUAGUUCGCCUGCCAGCACUUCGCCUGAUGAACUCUAGCAUUACUGAGGAACUGUUUUUUACUGGUCUCAUUGGAAAUGUUCCCAUUGACAGCAUAAUCCCCUACAUUCUUAAAAUGGAAACAGCAGAAUAUAAUGGUCAAAUAACUGGCACGUCUGCGUAGUGGGAACAACGCAAUGAGAUGGAUCAAAGUAGUUUUCAUAAAAACAUAGAAUUACGAAGUUAAAGAAUAGCAUUUUGGUAUGUACAACUAUUUCCAACUUGUUACCAGUUUCCUGUCAGGUUUCUCCUUGUCUGUUUGCUGACAUUGACAACAUUUAAGCAGCUAUUUAAAGACCUGCUAUAGGACCUUUUCUGCCACAAGGAAUAUUUUUGAUGCCUUUCAUUUAAAAGGCUAUAGAUUACUGAACAUACUUUUCACGUGCUUUGUAUUUAGAAAUUAUUGGUGGUUAAAGAGAGUUUUAUAAUAUCAGAGAUUAGUAGUAAAAUUACUUUAAAAGUAAAAAGAACAGUAUGUAUAUAUUUAAAAGUAUCCUUGGAAUUAAUAUCUAAUAAAUGCCAGGGUAUAAUAUUAGCACUUUGUAAUCACUUCUUGUCAAAGCGACAUCAUCAACAUCCUGCUUAUGAGUAUGGAAAAAACCUGCGUAUGUCUUUAGUCAGAAUGCCAGUGAUUUCAGUGAAAAUGUAGAAUGCUACAGGAGACAAUCAUUUAUUCUACAAAAAAAAUCACUUGCUCUUAUGUUAUGCAGGAGAUAGUGACAAGGAUUCUGAACUCAGAUAUCCACAUUAUAUGAAACUGUUAGCACAGCUGUAAUGCACAGUAUGAUGCAGUCAUAGUGACUAUUACGUGCUACAGGAGUUACCCGAACUAGGAGAAAAAAGUGUGUUUCUUGCCACAGUAACGAUGAAAUAUUCAAGUUCUUUAAAGUUUCUAUUCAGACCAACACAGUUAUGUCAAAUGGUAUUCUGCGGGGGGAAUCGGUCAUUAACUGGGAGAACAGCCAUUUUCAAGUAGAGCUGUGUGAUGUCUUUGAGUAUGCUCUUUGUAUUUCCAAAUUUACUCCUCUGUACUCCUAAACACCCUCAUCAUCCAUCCAGUUUAAAAUCUGAAAUGUGUAGAACCUCUGGCUACCAUUACAUUACAAAGCUCUCUUAUUUCUGGCCCCCCUCCCCUGACUGAGCACUCCCAGUUUUGCAGUGCUCUCAGCUUUCCUGUGGCUGUCCUGGGUUCAGCUGUAGCAGAAAUUUUUUCUCUUUUCUUGGUAGCUGGUGCAGUGCUGUGUUUCUGACUUUCAGCCUGGGAACAAGGCUGAUAACACAAGGAUGUUUUUAGUUGUUGAUAAGUAAUGUUUACUCCGAUCAAGGACUUUCUCAUGCUCUGCCAGGGAGGAGGGGCACAAGAAGCCGGGAGGAAGCAGAGACAGGACACCUGACCCAAACUGGCCAAAGGGGUAUUCCAUACCACAGCACGUCAUGCCCAGUAUAUAAACCGGGGGGAGUUACCCGGCAGGCCCAGAUCGCUGCUCGGGUCGGGCUGGGUAUCGGUUGGUGGGUGCUGAGCAAUUGUAUCCUCUCCCUUUGUUAUUUCCCUUAUAAUUAUUAUCACUGGUGGUAGCAGUAGUGGUUUUGUGUUAUACCUUAGUUACUGGACUGCUCUUAUCUCAACCUGUGGGAGUUACAUUCUUUGCAUUCUCCUCCCCAUCCCUCCAGGAACCGGGGGGAGGAAGAAGGGGGGUAAGUGAGCGAGCGGCUGCGUGGUUCUGAGUUACCGGCUGGGCUUAAACCAUGACAGUGGCUUAGUUUGAAACUGAAAUAGUGUUUACGUUCAGUCAUGCACCACUGCAGUUAAUGACUGAUAUUCCACGGAGUUAUAAAAUUAACUAUUAACUAUUUUUUGUCUAGAGGGAUGAGCCAUCCACACAUUUUCCAUAUUGGCUAUUAGCUGCUAGCACUGCUUUCAGUUUAGUAUUAUUUAUUAUGAUUAUUUGCAUUAAAUAUUUUAAACAAAGUUUGGUUUUGUCAUGGCAGUUAAUACCUGUAUCUGCUCCUGGCUCAUCAGCUGCACUCAUCAGCUGAAUUAUUUGCAUGAAAGAGGCAUUUUCUACUUGUGCACUUUUAUGUGACAAAAAUCUAGUUCAGCACUUUUUUUUUGUUCUGAGGUUUGUUUCGUCCCCCCUGCCCGUAACUGGCAGAUGUAACAAGCUCAUCUUCCGAGCUUUACUUUAAGAUGAGUUUCAUUUUGUUUCUUCUUUGCAAGUGCAAAUUUUUGCUUAUGAAUAUGGGACAGGAGAGGGUGUUUAUUAUUGUAACAAUUAUUGAAAACUAUUUCUUCAUUUUUAAGUAUGGAAAUAGCUUGUUUUCAUAAAGGCCAGAUUUCAAUGCCAAACUUGUGUUUACAGAGCUCGGAAGCAAAGGUUCACAGUCUGAAAGUGAUUCUAAGAAAAGUGACAUCUCACUGAAGCUCUAUUUAGUGCCUAAAAUUCACUCUCCAGAAUUUUCGAGGUCCUGUUCCUGCUGCUCUUGAAAUGAAAAUACUUUAACUCAGUAGAAAUAUAAACUAUCUGAUUAGAUCUAUCUGAAGUUCAGUACAUGUGUGUACUGGUAAUAAUUGGUUCACACAAAUGUUAGAAUUCUGUGCUGACUGAAACUGGGGCAUGCAGGGAGCAAUAAGGAGACAGUAACGGCCAUUCUCCAUGUGCUUCAAUUUUUUUCCUACUCUCUUUUGAGAAGGAACUGGAUUUGAAUCUUGUAGGUAAAAAGAACACUGAUCAAGAACUGUGUAGGAGCAUUCUGGGUUAGCUUUAUAAUAAUAAUGAUUUUUAUUGCAUUUGUGACAAGGGCAAGAAGCUUUACUACUUUUCUUCCUUUAAUUUACUUACAGUGGACUAAAGAAACACAGAACUAAGGCCAUGUGCAACAGUCAUCUUUCUCUGCCUGUUAACACUGCUUUAAAUCGGAUACAAUGCUCCUGUGCCAGUGGAGUUCUCUGGCAUGAAACUGGUAGAAAAAGAAAAAAAAAAAAUCUCCAAGAGAGAUUCUUCAAAGAGCUCAUACAAAUCAUACAGGCCUUUGUUUCAGCUGCCUUAAAAUGUCCGAUUAUUAAGGAGGCUGAAUCGGAGCACCCUGGGGCAAGAAACUGUUGUUGGUCACCACCGAGUAGUUGGUACCAUUUACCGCGCCCCUUUCUGCCAUCAGUCUGAAGCCCUUGGCACGCAGGGCAGCCAUAAUGCCUCCCGGGAAUAGCACUGACUGGAGGUUGCUGUGCUCAAUACAGGUGGCUCCCCUUACCACUGCAGUACCCUUUGGCAAAGGGCAUAUUCUGAGGUGCGAUAGGGAAAAGCAAGUCAGGGAUGAAGUUUCCAGGUGAAAACCAGUAUCCUGACUGUUCCUUCUUUGGCAGAGACUGUAAAAAAACUUGAGUGUUUUCAUUGUGUGUAGCACACAGGACUUUCACAGAUUUCCUGAAUGAGUCAUCCAAGAUGCUGAAGAUACCAGAACAUUUCCCUGCUCACUAACAUUAAGAGGAUAGUUAGGAUUCUCCUUGAUUACCUACAAUUUAGUUAGUAAGGAUAAUUUUAAAAAGCACCAAAUAGCAUGAGUAGCACGGUUAUCAGGAAUACAGUUUAGCCAGGAAAAGGAAACUGGAAAUUAUCAGGCUGCAGAUACUGCCAAAGCAGCAGGGAUCAAAGCAGCUUUCUGCAUUAACAGCACCAGGCAAGCUCUCUUUGACUUGGGUUGUGUGAGCAGUAGGACUGGCAGGUCAGUCAGCCACACACAAGUGCACCAGCAAAUACGUACCUGAUCCUGAAAAGAAAAACACUUUGAAUGUUGAUUUCUAUUUGAAAUCCCUCCCUUUGGUUACAAGUAGGGUAGCUUGGUUCUUUUGCCUCUACUCUUGCCCAUAAUAGAAAAAAGGAGAAAUACCAGGCAAACAAGAAGGUUGUGGCAAACCUACCUGUCCCAGUGGUCUACCACGCUUGCCAUAUCCACAACAGAAGAGCUGCUGCAGUGGUUUGCUCUGAUGGUAAGCAUAGGCCUGCUGUGAGACCAGUACACAACAUCUGCAGUCCUAAUGCCUCCAGAUGUCCAUGGAGAAUCAACAAAAUGAAGGCCAUGUUCACCCUACAGAGGAGAGUAAGGGGCAGAGAGAGGAAGGACAAACUGCCAGCGUCUACUGCAUACUGAGUGACACAAAUUAGUUUGAAAACAGCCUUAUAUGAAAGAUUCCCAAGAGGGUAUGGGAAAGGGCAGAAAAUGAAAACAUUUACUUUUUGCACCUUCUGAUCCUAAAGUUGCUGAGGCAUUUUAACAGUAAAUUCUCCCGAACUAAGUUCAAGCUUAUUGUUUGAUGAAAAAUGCCAUAACCCCUCUUGUUAGAUAAUGCUACAGCUCUGCUUCUGCUGCAGUCAAUGUUAUCAGCACUUAUAUGGGAAAAUAUAUGUGGAAAAAAAAAGAACAUUAUUUAUCCUGAUGGUUGCAGGUUAAAGUGAAAUUCUUCCUAAAGUUUAAAUGCUUCUAAGUCUAAAUACAUACUGGACUUGGAAAACACCAAACCCCUGAAUUACCUUAUUCAUAGAAUCAUAAGAUGGUUACUGAGCUUUAUGUUGUGAAGUCAUAUAAGUAAGUUCAUCACAGAUAAUGCCAUUGUAAUAUCUCAACAACCUGUUUUAUCCUCCAAGUUACAUGAAUGCUUUGGAAAUGGCUUAUCAUUGUUAAAUUCAUGCCUGUCUUCCUUCUUUUUAAAGGAUUUGAUGAGUUUUACAGCUCUUUAUUUGUGCCUCCCACCACUGUGCAUUUCUGCAUGUUGAAUUCUAAACCUCACUUGAGCAGCUAAUGCAUAUGUACAUAGUUGUAUGUAUGUGUGUAUGAAUGUAUAUGUUUAUACCUGUCUAAAUAUUAUGUACAGUGUAUAGAUUGUGUGUAGUGUAUGUAUAUAUGUACAGAUAUGUAGCCAUUUAUUCAUACCAUUCUGUUAAAGCUUUUAAUUCAUUUGCUAAUCCAGAGCUUCCUAGUUUUUAUUUCUUAGCCUAAACUGAGCCUCGCUUAAGCAGGUGAAUCCUCCUGCAUUUCAGAGAUUUGCACGUUUUUCUAAACUCAGACUGAUUUUAGGAUUUUCUGUUCACGAAGUGGCAAAUAUAUUCCAUGAAUUUCUGGCUUUUCUGUUACUCCUUUUACCUUUUUUAUUUGAGGUGUAGAAGUCUGCCAGUAAAUAGUUAAUAGAACAUAUAAUAUAAAUAUAUAACUACAGUGAUAAAAAAAGCCCUCCCUGUUUCCGAUCCAUACUCAUUGCAUUGCAGCCUUCUGAGAGACUUUUUGUAGAAGUUUUAUUUUGCAGUGACACUUGGAAGAGAUUGAUUAUUUUUAAGUCUUCAGAAGUGGCUAAUUGGAAGAAAACCAAGCUGCACCUUAUCACUGAGCUGUAGCACACAGAACAGGAUGCAAUGGAUGCUGUUUAAAAAAUACUCAUGAGGCCAUAAUGAUAAUGUGAAACCAAACCGUUAAAACACAGAUUCUGUCCUCUGUUCAGUGAAACAAUGACAGUUCUGUUGCAGCGGUAAUUAAAUUGCAGUUAGUUUCUGUCUUAGCAAGCAUCAAGAUUUUCACGAUGCAUUUCAAUUGUAUAUUCACUUUCCAGAGUUAUUCUCUUUAUUGUCUAGCUUAAACUGAACAAGGCUGGUUAGUUCAUUUAGUUAUCGGACUUAUGUCCGUGUUCAUGUUCUGUCCUUUCCUGACACUCUCAUCUCUGUAGAUCUUGCAGUGUAUGUAUGAGAUUUCCAUUCUUUGCAUGGGAGGUGGGCACAUGCAGCAUUUGUGAAAUCAGACUUGCAAUAAUUACUCAUAGGGAGUAUUCAAACAUUUCAAUUAUCAAAAUACAAGUAGCUCUUGUUCCUUUGACCUUCUGAUGACUUAAGUUACAAAGGAAACCUUCUGUAAAGCAAUUCUAUUAACUUUGUUUCUUUAAAAAAGCAUUUCACAGACCACGUAGGGGAGUAAUUCACCAAGUCUUGUUUCUGUUGUAUUAAAAAGGUGAAGAGGAAUUUUCUGGGCAUUUAUUGCCAUGUUCAAUGUGUCAAAGACUCGGGCAGAUGAGCAGACACCCAAUUAAAACAAUGUGAGCUUCUUGCGUGCUUAAGGUAAAACACAAACCUCUUUGAGAGUCAGGCCCUCUGCCUGUAAAGCCUUUGCUCUGGAAAGUGCUAAGAAUGUUUCCUGUUUCUUGCUUAUCUUUUAGUAUGUGUUUGUAAACUUUUGUUCCAAAUAUAGAAAAAAUGGUAAAAUAUCCAUUCUAACAUUUCAAACCUUAUUAUUGAGAUUUUCAGCAGGAAAAUUAUUUAAAUUAAUGGCAGGAAUUCCUGUGACAGAUGGUCCUUCAUUGGUGUCUUGACAAUCAGUGCUGUUCGAAUGUUGCUUUCUUCUUUAAUGGCUGAAUGGAACCUGAAUGUCCUAUUAACAUCACUGAACUGCAGAAAACAUUUUUUAAAGAUUAGGAAGCCAGUUGGAUUUUUGAUCAGGAUUUAAUCUGCUUUAAAAGAUCAAUUGAGAACUUAGAAAGGAGCAUAUUUUAAAAAUUGUGAACUUUUUUAUACACACUUUUGAAUUGUUUGUAUUCUGAAGGACAAAAUGCACUCACCUGUAAGUGGCAACAGAGGCUCUGUUGUAAUGCUCUGUGGAAACUGUGGAAUUUGAAAUUAGCUUUCUGUGUUUGAUCACAGAGAGCAAAACGUUGAGAAGCACAUCUCCUGCUGGGUCUCUAACACCCUGGAAUAACCGGCUUCUCGUGCGUUUUUGUGAUCAUCCUAGAAAAGUGAUAGCAAGGCACAGGUCCAUUUUAAAAACCUUUCAAUGAUUGUGGGUUGAAAGCAGGUCUGAAGACAUUUCAAAUUAAAAGGAUGUUUUUUGAGAAGGAAACAUGUCACUUGCAGAGCAUUCAUGUUACCUUCUCACACAUGGAGUCAACAAUGAAUGUGGGAAUCUUUUUAAUAAUUACUCUGUACUUCAAAAUACAUCGCAAGCCCGUGUUCAGCUUCCUAACUGACAACCUGCACAUUGUGUAUGUGUUGUGUCUACUUGGCAUACCGGGGAGUUCUGAGCUCCUACAAGAAUAGCAGUUUUUGUAAAAGGAAUCAUCUAAUUCCUUGGGAUAUUUUCUGGAAGUCUCUCUUCAUUAUAAUCUAGAAAACUAUUGUUUAUGUUACUGUAUUUGAAGUUGAAAAUCUUUCAGGAGUUGUUAAUUUCUCACAGCUUCUUUUGUGAAAUCAGCAUUAUGUGCGACAGCAUUCAAAAAUAACAGCAUGUUCUUUUUUAAUCUGAAUUUUGUAUCUAUCUUAUCAAUGUCUUCAGUCAUGAAGAGGGAUUUGCAUUGUUGUGUUUGUAUAUAGAGUAUUGCGGUGCAUGAUUUAGCUUAUGCAUUUUAUUAAAUGCUGUUUAAAUGUGGCAUUACAUUGUUGUGGCUUAAUACUACUACC